CUAUGUGACAUAAUUGUAAUUUACUUCUCCUCAUUUUUUAUUCCUUCAAAAUGUAAAGCUUGUGACAGUCCAGUCCCUUCAGCCUGGAGUCCCACCUCCCAUUCCCCACAUGUGCUGUCUCUCACCAAGGUUGCCAGUGACCUCUGAGCAAAACAAUCUUGUCAAUCCCAACUGGAGCUCAACUUGCAGAAGAGAAAGACGCCCCAGCAAGCCUCUUUCGGGGAGUCCUCUAGCUCCUCACCUCCAUGGGCCAGACAGCCCUGGCGGGGGGCAGCAGCAGCACCCCCACCCCACAGGCCCUGUACCCUGACCUCUCCUGUCCCGAGGGCUUGGAAGAGCUGCUGUCUGCACCCCCUCCUGACCUGGGGGCCCAACGGCGCCACGGUUGGAACCCCAAAGACUGUUCAGAGAACAUCGAGGUCAAGGAAGGAGGGUUGUACUUUGAGCGGCGGCCCGUGGCCCAGAGCACUGAUGGGGCCCGGGGUAAGAGGGGCUAUUCAAGGGGCCUGCAUGCAUGGGAGAUCAGCUGGCCUCUAGAGCAGAGGGGCACGCAUGCCGUGGUGGGCGUUGCCACGGCCCUCGCCCCGCUGCAGACUGACCACUACGCGGCGCUGCUGGGCAGCAACAGCGAGUCGUGGGGCUGGGACAUCGGGCGGGGGAAGCUGUACCAUCAGAGCAAGGGGCCCGGAGCCCCCCAGUAUCCAGCGGGAACUCAGGGUGAGCAGCUGGAGGUGCCAGAGAGGCUGCUGGUGGUUCUGGACAUGGAGGAGGGAACUCUGGGCUACGCUAUUGGGGGCACCUACCUGGGGCCAGCAUUCCGCGGACUGAAGGGCAGGACCCUCUAUCCGGCAGUAAGCGCUGUCUGGGGCCAGUGCCAGGUCCGCAUCCGCUACCUGGGCGAAAGGAGAGGUGAGGCCUGGGGCAGAGGUGGGGAGAACUUUCUGUCCCUGGUGGCAGCGGUUUGGGAUGGAAACUCUUCUGAUGAGAGCAGAGGGGAUGGACCUUCAUCCAGCCUGCCUCCACCUCUGUUCAGUGCUGGGAAAGGCUAGGGGUCUUCACAGCUGUUAUUUAAUCCAACAGCAAUAGAGGUGAAACAGGCUUGAGAAAGCAACUUUCUCAAGUUCUCUUGGCUAGUAAAUGGUGAACCUUCAGAACGGAGGGAGGAACUCCAGGGAUGAGAGAAUUCAGGAGAUAUCAACCCCUGAGCAAGAGGUACAAAGGGUUAGGUACUAGGUUUGAUGUACAGGUCCAAAAGGAGGAUGGGCAGAGCCAGGUACCCACACCGUAUACCGGAUUCCCUGGGCUCUAACCUGUCUCUGUGCCACAUACCUACUUCCUUCCUCAGCCAAACCACAGGAUGGAGACACUGGGGCCCUGGGCACCAGGGAGGAGAGCAGUGGAGGAGGCAGGGCCUUAGGGUGGGGGCAGCAGUGGAGGAGCCCCCCCAGGAACUGACUGGGGCCAGGGCUUGGAGCUGCUCUCUGCAGUUGUGUGAGCUGUAGAGUGGAGGGCCAUCCUUCCUCACCUCAGCCCCAGCUCCCAAGCCUCUGGAGUCAAAGCCUGGGCCAGCUCCACCACUGUCAGAGCCACCUUGGCCUGUCGCUUAGAGGGCCUUAGCCAGCUCUUCACCCCCAGCUCUGACUAGGGAUGGGUGAAAUCUUAUCUGGGAAGCAGAACUUCUGGGCAUCUCAAAUUCCCCUUUCAGCCAAGGUGGGCACACUCGAAGCAGGACAGCAGAAAGGCAUCUGGGCAGGACCCUGUAGUUUGAGGACAUCUGGCUGGUGGCUGCACCCAUACUUACAUUCCCCUCCUUCUCUCCCCCAGCGGAGCCACACUCCCUUCUGCACCUGAGCCGCCUGUGUGUGCGCCACACCCUGGGGGAUACCCGGCUCGGCCAGGUAUCUGCCCUGCCCUUGCCCCCUGCCAUGAAGCGCUACCUGCUCUACCAGUGAGCCCUGUGAUACCACAGACUGCUGAGGCCUUGCCACCACCCCUCCCCUUGGGGAGGCACUGCUGGCCUAGACCAGCUGCUGAAAGCUGGUGAGGCUGAGCCCCUACCCCAACCCAAGCUCUGGGGAAAUCAGCAGCGCCAGAGCCACUCAGAGGGGGUAAGAAAGGGAGCCGGCAUUCAAGGCUAUGACAGUCUGCUACACAGAACAUUUUUUCAAGUAAAAAUAGUAAGAGAUGUUGUUAUAGAAACCUGUUCUUGGUUUUUUUUUUUUUUUUUUUUUUGCACAAAUGAUCAUUUAUAUAGCUGCCUCAAAAAGGAAGAUUAUCUGGGCAAGUCCAGUGAAGGCAGACAAACCACAAGACCUAGUGCCAGGUUUAUUCCCUCACAUGUGGAUGGUUCACAUACACAGCACAGAGGCAUGGGCACCAUGGGAGAGGGCAGCACUCCUGCCUUCUGAGGGGAUCUUGGCCUCACGGUGUAAGAAGGGAGAGGAUGGUUUCUCUUCUGCCCUCACUAGGGCCUAGGGAACCCAGGAGCAAAUCCCACCCCUUCCACCUCUCAGCCAAGGAGAAGCCACCUUGGUGACAUUUAGUUCCAACCAUUAUAGUAAGUGGAGAAGGGAUUGGCCUGGUCCCAACCAUUACAGGGUGAAGAUAUAAACAGUAAAGGGAGGUACAGUUUGGAUGAGGCCACAGGAAGGAG